AUGGCGUGUCCAUAUCCGCGGCUGCUCUUUAAAUUGCAAGAUGCUCCCAGACUAUAUCCUCCCUCCCGUGAAGCUCGCUAUUGCGUCAUCAACCUGGCCCCGCAGGCUGCAGCUCCACGAUUUUCAAGUUACAGCAUUGCAUCACCUUCUCCCGGCACUCAAAGAUUCCGUGCACUCACUCCAACAACUGUUCCACCCAUAUCUAAUUUAAGCAUCGAAGCCAAACAAUCCGACUUCUUCCCGGCUUCACGGUCCCCAGCCCCAAAACGCAGUUAUAUCGUCCGCUCCAACGCACUCCAGAUCAGUGACACCCGAGCUCCGGCAAGAGGCAAAGUCACACUCAUUCGACCAAGCCACCAAGCGUUUUCUUCCUUUUCAGCACAGUGUCGAUCUACCAUGUCCUCCGACGAUGCCUAUGCCUCCUUUCUCGAGAGUGCCAACGCGGACCCGUCCGCCGGCAUCCAGUCGAGCUCGAAUGCUUUCCCCUCGUUUCACGCCGCGAAAACGGUAGACAAGGGCCAGCAUGUUCCAAGGGCGCUACGGGAUGUGGAGUACUACUAUGUUUCUGACACAGAUGAGACAUUCCAACCAGUGGUGUUAGCAUGGGACAAGGCAGGACAAGGAAAAUGGCCGAGUCCAGAUGAAUUCAAAUCCCUUAUAUUUGACCCUUCCAACGCUUCCGAUCUCGAAACAUCCACCCUAUCCCUGGCCGAAUUUGACCCACGUAACCAGUACGAGACAGUCUUCCAUGCGAUUCGCACUGCUAUCUCGGGCUCGGAAGCUUCGGUAGCACCGGAGGCUGAGCUUCGAGUAUACAGGAUCCAACACGGAGAUACCCGCGUGGAGUAUUGGGCCGUGGGCUUAGAUAAGAGUGAGAACCGCCUCGUGGGGAUGAAGGCGCGGGCAGUGGAGAGCUGAAAGAGAGAGAGAGAGAGAGAACGGGGGGGGAAGGGAGCGACGGUGGAGUGGUCUGUCCUAUAAAUAGUUUCCCCAAUGCAUUGCUUGGUGCGUCUAAUGUGGGAAGAUCUUUGUGGUUUCAAAUGUAAAAUCAUUGUAUUAGUGGUGGAGCGGUGGGCUGUGUCUCUUUUGUUCCUGUUGGACCGUGGUUGUUAUCUGUUAGGUUGAGGCACGGCAUGCAAGCUGGAGCUGAAAGGCCUGGCCGAAAAUAAACUCUUUCGGAGAAGCCG